AUGGGGAGCCUUAACGAGGAGCAGGAUGAGUCCGUCAUCUCUUUGGCGUUGCUGCAGAACAAAAUAAAAAGAGACCCAGAAGCAUACAAAGAAGAGUUUAAGUUGCAGCUGAUGAACUUCGAGGGUUUGAUCGCAGCCCUCAAAGAACAACCCUACAGACCCACCAGAAAACUACAAACCCUCGCCAUGUUCCUUGCUCACACAGCUCCUUGCUACAGUGCUGCAGUUGAUGAUGCCUGGGCCUCGGGGGCCCCCGAGGCCCCCAAGGGGGCCCCCGUCUUCGAUGCGUUUGCCCCAGAUACCUUUCCUGGCCAGGAGGGGGCCCCUGGGGGCCCACUGGGGGGCCCCAUGGGGGGCCCCCCUGGGGGGCCCCCAGGGGGCCCCUCACCCUGUACCCAGCUGAAAGAGACAAUAAAAGAGAUGCUGAUGCAGACAGACCUCCACCCCACCACGAGACAUGCGCUGCUGAACGGGUUGCUGCUUCUAAGAAGCAAGAAGAUGCUGAGCUGCGAGGAGCUGCUGCAGCAGGCCCUGUCUCUGCUGUCUCUGCGGGAUAAAUUUGUGCGGCAGCGGCUGAUGACUUUCGUAGUAAAAGAUGUAUCGAGGGUUUUCGCAGCCACCACAAACAACCAAGUGUACAGACACCUCAGCUCAAAAGGGUUAAACAAAAACGCAGCAGCAGCAGCAAAAAUUGUAAAUGCUGUUGCUGCUGUCACUCUAGCAGCAGACGCCAGACUCGCGCUCAGCGCCGCUCUCUUCUUACUCGGAGAGAUACAGGCUGCUGCAGUGCAGGCGAGCCACUCGAUCCAAGCUGAUGAAGAAGAAGACGAGGAAGCAGUUGCUGCUGCAGCAGCAGCAGAACUGCAGCAGCAGAGCGCUAUACACUCAAAGAAAACGCUAGCAGCAAAGAGAAAACUAAAAAAACAAAAGGUCAAUAUACACCCCAACACGAAACAGCCUCCUCUGGAAGAGACCGUUGCUGCUGCAGCAGCAGCAGCAGAGCAGCAGCAGCAGCAGCAGAGCAGCAGCAGCAGCAGCAGCAACGCCUUGUUAUCUAUAUUUUUUGCAGCUGAGGAGACAGAGAGUGUCUCCUUUUGUCUCCUGUCUCUGCGUCUCCUUUUCUGUCUCCUUCUUUGCUUUCUCUUGCUCCCAAUAUCGAUCGCUAUUAGUCCUGCUGUGCCGCUUAGGCAACGCAUGCAGAAGCGUUUGGUGAGAAAGCAGCAGCGGCUAGAGGCGCAGCAGAACCACUGGGGUGUCACUGCAUCUGCUGCUAUCCUGGAUCAUAUCUACGACGCCCAUGCACUAGCAGAGAAACUCUUCGGUACUUUCUCGAGGGUGUCUCCUCCUGUCUUUGGGGCCUCAACUGUCUCCUCCACGCUGCAGCUGCUGCCGCAGCUAGAAGCCUUAAAAAAGCAAACAAAGGAGCAGCUGCAGCAAACCCUCGGAGUUGCAGCAGCAGACGGAGACAGCGGGGAGGAGACAGGAGAAGAGACAGAAGGAGACACAGAAGAGGAGACAGAGGGAGAGACAGAGGGAGAGACAGAGGGAGAGACAGAGGGAGAGAUAGAAUUAGAGACAGAAGGGGAGACAGAGGAGGAGACAGAAGAGGAGACAGAAGGAGACAGCAGCGAGGAGGAGGAGACAGAGGAGACAGAUGACGAAGCAGAAGAAGAGACAGAAGGAGACAAAGAGACACAAAAAAAAACAAGAAAGGAGACAGCUAAAAAGGAGACAGAUGAGAAAGCAACAGAGAGCAAGAAGGAAAAGAAAAUAAAUAAAGAAAAGGAGACAGAUGGAGACAAAGAAAGGAAAAACCAACUGCAGCAGGAGACUGCAGCAGGAGACACCGCUGCAGCAGCAGCAUCACCAGAACCAGCAGCAGCAGCAGCAACAGCACCAUCAUCAGAACCAGCAGCAGCAGCAGCAGCAGCAGCAGCACCAUCAUCAGAACCACCAGCAGCAGCAGCAGCAGCAGCAGCAGCAGCAGCAGCAGCAGCAGUGCCGUGUGGCGGUGAGCGUCUCCUCACAGACGCAGACUUUGCUGCUCUGCGGCUGCUGCGGGCGAAGCAGAUAGUGCAGCAGGUGAGGGGGGGCCCCCGGGGGGGCCCCCGGGGGAGAGGGGCAAUGGAGAUAGAGACAGAGAGAGACGAAAAGCUGCUGCGGCUGCUUACAUCUGAGCAGCAAAAUGACAUAAACUGCAGCAGCAGCAGCAGCAGCAGCAGCGAGGGAGAGGAUACCGAUGAAGACACAGAAAGAAAUAGACAGGAUGUGAGUUUAUAA